ACAACCUUCGCCCGCAGUGGAUUAUGUUUUAUCACAACCAGAUGGUCUUCUUUCACAACCUGGAGCCGUGUUCUCAACGAAGUUCGCCAUCCAUGCAACGCGCUCAGCACAUCUUCUACGUAUCAGGAAGUCCUUCCUAUUUUGGAUCGCAUCUCAAAUAAACGAGAGCGGCCAAUACGUGGAUUUGUGCCACAUUUCUUUCCUGGGAUCGCAGGAUGCACGAAACGCAAGUACAAACUAUCUCUGCGGGAACGACAACGCGGUGCUUACGCCGCCGUCUUCGGCUCGGUACGACAGAGCCACCCGGACUUCUGUGACAUACAACUAUGGAGCUAG